AUGUCCAGCGCACCGCUUCCUCCCCCUCGCCGAACGACUCCCUCAACCUCGGCUUCACCCUCUGCCGCACCUCCAGACGGCGAGAAGCAGGGAUGGAAGGCGCGGAUGAAGGCAAAGAGUUCGACAUGGGGAAUGAAGGCGUUUGAUAAGGCCAUCGUCAUCAGCGACAAGAUCGGCCCUUACGCAAACGACUGGACCGAGAAAGUCGGCGGCGAGCGUUGGUGGCCAACGUCUCACGACUUUGCCGAAGAAGUCCUCAAGUGCACGCGAAUUCUGCGCGCUUUCACUGUCGAUGGAGUCGAGCAAAAAGCCGAGCCGAAGACGGGAUUGAAAACGCAGGGAAAGGUGUUCGUGAAGAUCCCCGCGGCGGUCUUGCGCGAGGCAAAGGCGGUUUGCGUCUAUUCGUCGAUGCGGAGUGGGAUCGCUCCGCUCGGCGGUGCAGGCGGGUCAGGCCUCAUCGUCGCUCGCCUACCGGACGGGAGCUGGUCCGCACCCUCUUGUAUCGCACCAGCGACCAUCACGGGCGGCCUCAUGCUCGGCGUCGACAUCUUCGAGGCAGUCCUGGUCGUCAACACGGACGAAGCGUUGCAGACUUUCUACAGCCACAAGAUCACGCUCGGUGGACAGCUGGCUGUGACGGCAGGACCGUAUGGAGCGGGCGCGCUGGCGGACGCUGGGACGGAUCGCAAACCGGUCAUUUCGUACAUGCGCUCGAGGGGUGCGUACAUCGGUGCUGAGGCGGUCGCGUCGGCGUACUUGUGUCGCUUCGAUGAGAACGAACGGGAGUAUGGCUGUAAGGGUGUAACGCAGCGCGACAUCCUCACCGGCCACUUCCGUCCUACCGCAAGCGCUACACCGUUCUACGAAGCCCUACGAGACGCCGAGACCGGCUUUGCGCAACGACAGCACGGCGCGGAGUACGAGUUUGCCCAGCCUUUCGAGACGAAGGAUGCGGGUGCGACGCCUGUGACUGAUCAGGCAAUGGGCCAGGGAAUGCAGCAGGAGCAGGGGCAGGUGGGGAUGGGACGGGAGCAGGCAGAGGAGCUCAAGCAGGGUUCGACGCCGUCAUUGCCAGCUCGAGGAGAGGUUGGAGAACCCUCGACAGCUCCGCCUGUUCUGCCGCCUCGCUCGUCGUAG